AUGUUCCACCGAAGUUACUCCAUUGUGGCCCUUCUGGUUCUGCUGCUGUCUUCCUUCGUCUUCGGAGAGGUGCUGGAGCUGACCGAUAAGACGUUUGAUGACGUGGUUCUCAAGUCCGGCAAAACCACGUUUGUGAAGUUCUACGCAACUUGGUGCUCACACUGUAAGCGGAUGCAACCAGCAUUUGAGGAGUUGAGCGAUUCUUUUGCUAAGAACAGUGGGAUCCAAGUGGCACAGAUCGACGCCGAUACCUACUCCAAGAUUGGAAAAAGAUACGACAUCGAUGGUUUCCCCACAAUGAAACUGUUCACUGCCAAAGACCCCAAGAAUCCUGUGGAAUACUCUGGGGGCCGUGAUUUCACUAGCAUGUCAAACUUUGUUGCAUCGCACAGUGGUGUAAAACCACCAAAGGCCGAGACCAAGAUCACGUUGUUAGAUGACCACACAUUCGACGAUGCUGUGGCCAAGUCUGACGUGUUUGUGGUGCUUACAGCUUCCUGGUGUACUCACUGCAAGAACUUGCAUCCUGCAUGGGAAAAAUUGGCUAAGGUGUUUGAAGCAGACAAGGAUAGAAUCGUCAUUGCGGAGGUGACGACUACAGAAUCGCCCUCGGACGAGCUCAAAAGACGUUAUGACGUUAAGGGGUUCCCAACAAUUUUGUAUUUCCAUAAGGGAGAUACCACCAAGCCAAUAGAAUACGAGGGCGGGCGUACUUUUGCGGAGCUGGUUGGCUUCGUGAACAUCAAGACUGACCUAUUCCGUGACCAGAACGGCCAAUUGACUUCCAAAGCAGCUAUUGUACCGGAAGUGAGCGAUCUGGCCUCGUCAUUGCUUUCUGCAUCCGAGUCUGAGAGACAGAGCAUCGUUGAUGCCAUUGCGAAGGAGCUUGUCACUGCCAGAAGAGUGGAUCCUUGGGUCAAGAAUUACUAUGUCAAGGUGAUCACCAAAAUAGCCAACGGCGAAGCCGAUUUCAUCUCGAGAGAGUCUUCAAGACUGUCCAAAAUCCUGGCCCAAAGCGGCAACAUUGCCCAAAGCAAGCUCGAUACGAUGCAGAAGAGACUCAACAUUUUGAGUACAUUCCUCCCAGAAAAGAUUGUUCACCAAGACCUUUGA